AUGGGUAGUAAUAAGGAAGAGACGCCACCGGCCGACGGAGGCGGCGGCGGCGGCGGCGCCUUCGCCUUCAUCUCCAAGGGGUGGCGCGAGGUGCGGGACUCGGCGUCCGCCGACCUGCGCCUCAUGCGCGCGCGAGCGGACUCCGUGCGCGCCCGCGCCAACCGCGAGCUCGAGCACCUCCUCGCGUCCGCGUCGGCGCUCGCGGCGGGGCCCGCGCCCCCGCUGCUGCCGCCCGUGGCCACGGGGGCGCCCAUCGCGGAGGUCGAGUUCGUGCGCAAGCGGAUCCAGCCCAAGAUUCAGGAGCUCCGGAGGCACUACUCGUCGCGGGCGCUCGACGCCCGGUGGCCGGCCGCCGCCGCCGGCGCCAGCAGCCUCCGCAUCGACCUCUCGGGGAUUACGGCCGUUCGCAACGCUAUUGUAGCAGAAGGGGAAGGCGGAGAUAGGUGGAGGAGGAUCGCGCGGCGGAAGGGGGACCAGGACGAGGAGGCGGAGGGGAGGAAGGCGUGGGAGGUGGUCCGGAUGAUACAGCGCGGGCUCAAGGAGUUCGAGCGCCGGAGCCUGUCCAGCGACAUGUUUGCUGGAUUCCGAGGCCGUGGCGAGUUUGUGGAAAAAUUUAAGUUGAGCAUGAAUUCACUGAACAAGGACUAUCAGGAAUCCAAGGAAGUUCCACCACUGCAUCUAACUGAAAUUCUGGCAUAUCUGGUUCGGCAAUCUGGGCCAUUUUUAGAUCAACUUGGCAUACGGAGAGACCUUUGUGACAAACUAGUGGAGAUGUUAUACAGUAAACGAAAUGGUCGGCUCAUGUAUCAUUCUCUUUCACGGGAUAGACCCUUAGCUGUGAACAUAACUGAUGAGCUUGAUCUAAGAAUAGCUAGGGUAUUAGAAAGUACUGGUUAUCACACAGAUGAAGGUUUUUGGAUUGACCCUGCAAAGUACAAGAUCUCAGACAACAGACGGCAUGUUGCUAUUGUCACCACAGCAAGCCUUCCAUGGAUGACAGGAACAGCAAUCAAUCCAUUGUUUCGUGCUGCAUAUCUGGCAAGAAGUGCAAAGCAGAAGGUGACAUUGGUGGUUCCAUGGCUCUCUAAGUCAGAUCAAGAAUUGGUUUACCCAAAUAACAUCACCUUCAGUUCGCCAGAAGAGCAAGAAACUUAUAUAAGGAACUGGCUGCAGGAAAGAAUUGGUUUUGAAGCAAAUUUUAAGAUAUCCUUUUAUCCUGGCAAGUUCUCAAAAGAGCGCCGCAGCAUUAUUCCUGCUGGGGAUACUUCACAGUUUAUCUCCUCAAAAGAAGCUGAUAUAGCGAUUUUAGAAGAACCGGAGCAUCUCAACUGGUAUCAUCAUGGAAAGCGUUGGACUGACAAGUUCAAUCACGUCAUUGGUGUAGUUCAUACAAAUUACCUGGAAUAUAUCAAGAGAGAGAAAAAUGGUGCUAUUCAAUCUUUUCUUGUUAAACAUAUCAAUAACUGGGUGACUAGAGCAUACUGCCAUAAGGUUUUACGUCUUUCUGCUGCAACUCAAGAUCUACCGAGGUCUGUUGUUUGUAAUGUACAUGGUGUAAAUCCAAAGUUUCUUAAUGUUGGUGAGAAAAUAGCAGCUGAUAGGGAGUGUGGACAGAAGGUCUUUAAUAAGGGAGCAUAUUUCCUUGGUAAGAUGGUGUGGGCUAAAGGUUAUAGAGAGCUGAUCGAUUUAUUAUCCAAACACAAGAACGACCUGGAAGGAUUCAUGAUAGAUGUAUAUGGAAAUGGUGAGGACUCUGAAGCUGUCCAGAAUGCUGCUAGGAAAUUUGAUUUGAGCAUCAACUUUUUCAAGGGAAAGGACCAUGCAGAUGAUUCACUCCAUGGGUAUAAGGUUUUCGUCAAUCCAAGUGUUAGUGAUGUGCUAUGCACAGCAACAGCUGAGGCCCUUGCAAUGGGGAAAUUUGUAGUCUGUGCAGAUCAUCCAUCAAACGAUUUUUUUAAGUCAUUCCCUAACUGCUUAACAUAUAGAACUUCAGAGGAAUUUGUUGCUCGUGUCAAAGAAGCCAUGACUACUGAACCUCAACCUCUGACCCCAGAGCAACGAUACAGUUUGUCAUGGGAAGCAGCGACUGAGAGGUUUAUGGAGUACUCAGAGCUUGACAAAGUUCUGAACAGAAAUGGCCACCCUGGACGAAAUGGGAAGAUUAACAAAGCAAGAAAGAUACCGUUACUUCCUAAAUUGUCAGAUGUGGUGGAUGGGGGACUGGCAUUUGCUCAUCACUGCCUGACUGGUAACGAAAUCCUCAGAUUAGCGACGGGAGCAAUUCCUGGUACACGCGACUAUGAUAAACAGCAGUGCAUGGAUCUGAACCUCCUGCCUCCUCAAGUUCAACACCCUGUAUAUGGCUGGUGA